AUGGUAAGUUUGAAAACCCGUGGGAAUUUAAAGGUAAAUUUAGAUUGCUUGUAUCUGCGUUGCGAUGUCGAAACUGACUGUUACAAUUCUAACGAUAAUUUACAAAACAAAUAUAAUAAUAUGUUGGAAGGGGAGAUAUUUACAGAUUGUGUUAUUAAGGGUGAAAUUAUACUUUCUGAUUUUGGUCCUGAAUGUGUUAAUGCAAUGUUAGAAUUUUUUUAUAAUGGCAAAAUUAAAAAAAACAUAUUGGAAAAUUAUGUUGAGGAUGUUUUUGCUAUAGCUCAUAAAUAUCAAGUGGAAUCGUUAAAAUAUGAGUGCGAAAUUUUUAUGUCAAACUUGAUUGGUAAGUAA